AUGAUUAGUGGAUUUGGGCCGUCAGUACUUCUGGGGAUUAUCGUGGUGCUGUCGGCAUGGGCAUUAUUCAUAAUACAGAGGAAUAUCUUUGGUCAAAAAGGCAAAAGAAAUGCAGGAGAAACUGGAGCGGAGAGGCUUCCUGCUGAGGCUGAGGAAAAGACGGACGUGAAAAGCACAGGCAAUUUGGAAAGUCCCUGCAUCAAAGAAGCAACAGAUCAUCUGACGAAAAAUGGGGGCAACAUACAAGAGUCCAAAGAGACAUCCUGUGUUGAGGAACCCAUGCAAGAGGAAGAUGCUGCAGCAAGCACUGACAGUGGUUCUACAUCACCGAACGAAAUGGACCUGCCUUCUGUUGAAGGACACCAUACUUGCACUGUGCCUGGUAGUAAUGAGCAUUUGAGUGAGAAAAAUCAAACUCGGCUCCCAAAAAAAGAAGCGACGGUAACGGGCAGGAAAAUGACGGGCUCUAAAGCGGAUAUGAACAGUGCAUGGGAACCCAGUAUGGAAAAAACUGAAAUAAGCAUCAUGGAGGCAACAAUGAAUGACAAUGAGUGGCUGAAGGGGCUUGACGACAACUCUGAUGGAGUUCUGCAUGGCGGAGAGAGUACAAAAAUGCAGGACGCGCAAUCGGGCGUUCACACAGAUUCAAGAGCGAAAGAAGAGAGCGCGCGGGGAGACCUGGACACCGCAGGUAUACAGGAGUCUGUGCAGACCAGUAAGAAGAUUUUGGCUGUGUCACCAAUGCCACAGAAUGUCGGUGUGUCUUUCCGUGUGCACUAUAUUACUCGUUCACCGUUCCAGUUGAUUGCUGUUACUGGGAACCACAGGGAGCUUGGAAACUGGGAGAACUACGUGCCUCUAAGGCAGGAUAAAGAUGGAUUUUGGUGCAAUUCCGUUACCCUACCGGCUGAUGUGAAGAUGGAAUGGAAGUUUGUGAUGGUGGAGAAUGGCAAGAUCAAGCGCUGGGAAGAGUGUUUCAACAGAUGUUUGGAAACCACCCAUGAUGACAUUCAAGCGCACACAUGGUGGGGAUGUCACGUGUAA